AUGGAGACUUUUGUUGAUGCAAAUGAUCUUUGGGAAGCUGUUGAGGAGGAUUAUGAGGUUGGUCAAUUACAUGAAAAUUCAACACUUAAUCAAAUCAAGGUUCCGUGCAAGAAGCACGGAGGGGUUAGGUUCACUGUGAAUGGGAGGGACUACUUUGAGCUUGUGUUGAUCAGCAACGUGGCUGGGGCAGGAUCCAUCCAAUCUGUAUCCAUUAAAGGCUCCAAAACUGUGUGGAUGGCCAUGUCAAGAAAUUGGGGUGCCAAUUGGCAAUCCAAUGCAUAUUUGAAUGGUCAAUCUUUGUCCUUCAGAGUCACAACCACCGAUGGAGAAGUCAGAGUUUUUCCAAAUAUAGUUCCAGCAAGUUGGACAUUUGGCCAAACUUUCUCUAGCCCAGUUCAGUUCUAA